AUGUUAUCUGCAAAGCAGAUUAGCCUGGCUGUGGCCAUUCUCUCUCUGUGUGAAUUGGGCCAGACAAAGCAAAAUAUUACUUCAGACACCCACUUUUAUGGACAGUCUGAGCCUGUGUACCCCUCUCCACAGGGGAAAGGGACUGGUGACUGGGCUGAUGCAUAUGCAAAGGCCGCAGAGUUGGUCUCGAAAAUGACACUGGAAGAGAAGAACAAUCUUACAUACGGCACCGCUAAUACAGACAAUGGAUGCUCGGGGAUCAUUCCAGCUAUACCGCGUCUUGGGUUUAAUGGAAUGUGUCUUCAGGAUGCUGGCAAUGGGGUUCGCUACACGGACUUUGUUAAUAGCUACCCAAGCGGCAUUCACAUUGGAGCGAGCUGGAACAAGUCUCUUGCCCAUGACCGGGGCUGGCAUAUCGGUGGCGAGUUUCGGAAAAAGGGUGUCCAGGUUGCUCUGGGACCUGUUGUUGGUCCUUUGGGACGAAUUACAACUGGCGGUCGAAACUGGGAAGGAUCAUCGAAUGACCCAUACCUUGACGGUGUUAUUGGCGCAGAGACUGUUCGAGGUCUUCAGAGCCAGGGUGUGAUUUCCAGUGUGAAGCAUUUUAUUGCCAACGAGCAAGAGCUUUAUCGGAACCCGACCGUCAACUCAGAGAAUGAGACAGUCGCAUCGUUAUCAAGUAAUAUCGAUGACAAGACAAUGCAUGAGCUAUACCUCUGGCCUUUCCAAGAUGCUCUCAAGGCCGGCGCGGCUAACAUCAUGUGUUCGUAUAACCGAGUCAACAACUCCUAUGCUUGCCAAAACAGCAAGACCUUGAAUGGCCUCCUGAAGACAGAGCUCGGGUUUGAAGGGUUUGUCGUCACUGAUUGGAACGCUCAGCACUCCGGUGUGGCUGCAGCUCUGGCGGGUCUUGACAUGGCUAUGCCGGACGGUCAGUCGUUCUGGGGCAAUAACUUCACUGAAGCUAUCAACAAUGGCAGCGUGUCGGAAUCUCGUCUGGAUGACAUGGCAACAAGAAUCAUUGCGUCCUGGUACAAGCUAGGCCAAGACGAGGCCAGCUAUCCCAAGCCUGGCGUCGGAAUGCCAUACAAUGUUAGCGGGCCUCAUGAGAUCGUGAAUGCUCUGAGUCCCGAUGCCAAGCCCGUGAUCUAUGAGGGCGCGGUGGAGGGCCACGUGCUCGUCAAGAACGAGAACAACGCGCUGCCUCUCAAAUCGCCGAGGCUAAUCUCCGUGUUUGGAUACGACGCCAAGGCUCCGCCUGCCUACAUGCCAAACGGAGGGAAUCUUUUGACGAAUCCUUGGCAAAUCGGGUUCGAGCCAGCUGUCUUCCAACUCGCGGAUGCAUUUGUGUCAACCGCCCUGGACGAGCCACUGUACUACCAAGUGGCAUUCAAUGGCACCCUCAGUGUUGGCGGUGGCUCUGGUGCCAACACCGGCCCCUACCUGAGCGCUCCUCUGGAUGCACUCCAACAGCGAGCUUACGAAGACAGCUCGGUCGUCAUGUGGGAUACAUCCGAUUUGCCCGGAUCCACCGGACUGAUGGAGGCAUCGGACGCAUGUUUAGUCUUCAUCAAUGCCUUCGCGACCGAGAGCAUGGACCGUUCCGGGGUGCGUGACGAAUAUUCAGAUGAUCUCGUCACUCGGGUUGCAAAUACCUGCGCCAACACGAUUGCCAUCAUCCAUAAUGCUGGGACUCGUCUCGUGGAUCAAUUCGUUGACCAUCCGAACGUCACUGGUAUUGUCUUUGCUCACUUGCCAGGUCAGGAUUCGGGUCGUGCUAUCGUUUCUCUGCUCUAUGGAGACGAGAACUUCAGCGGCAAGCUGCCAUAUACCGUUGCGAAGAACGAGUCGGACUAUAAGAACUUCUACCAUACCUACACUGAGACGCCUUAUGGUCUGUUCCCGCAGGAUGACUUUGAUGAAGGCGUCUUUAUCGACUACCGCUAUUUCGAUGCCCAUAACAUCACACCCCGAUAUGAAUUUGGGUUUGGUCUUUCUUACACUUCGUUCGAGUUCUCCGACCUUCAGGUCUCUGCCGUGGAAGAUGGAAUAGCUGAAUAUCCCAGCGGUGCAGUUGAGCAAGGCGGCGCUGUUGAUCUCUGGGAGACAGUGGCUACAGUCACAGCAACCGUGAGCAAUAUUGGAGAUCGAGUGGGUGCCGAAGUUGCUCAAAUCUACGUUGGCAUUCCCAAUGGGCCCGUGAAGCAGCUUCGUGGUUUUGAGAAAGUGAAGAUCCCCGCACGGGGCUCAGCCGAGGUCUCUUUCCCUUUGACUCGACGUGACCUCAGUACCUGGGAUGUGGUUGCUCAGAAGUGGCAGCUUCAGAGCGGAAGUUACGGGAUCCACGUUGGCUCCUCGAGUCGGAGUCUUCCUCUGACCAGCACUCUGAAGAUUAGCAGCGGUCAAAGUUCAUGA